UGACCCAGUUUGGAAAGGAGCAAAGAUGGUGCUGACCGACGCCGAGAAGAAGGAAGUGACCGGCCUCUGGGGCAAGGCCUCCGGGCACGCCGAGGAGUACGGCGCCGAGGCCCUGGAGAGGCUGUUCCUCUCCUUCCCCACCACCAAGACCUACUUUUCCCACAUGGACCUGAGCAAGGGCUCGGCCCAGGUCAAGGCCCACGGCAAGAGGGUGGCCGACGCCCUGACCACGGCCGCGGGGCACUUCAAUGACAUGGACAACGCCCUGUCCGCUCUGAGCGACCUGCACGCCCACAAGCUGAGAGUGGACCCGGUCAACUUCAAACUGCUGUCUCACUGCUUCCUGGUGGUCCUGGCCAGACACCACCCCGACGAAUUCACCCCCUCCGCCCACGCCGCCAUGGACAAGUUCCUGAGCAGAGUGGCCACCGUGCUGACCUCCAAGUACCGCUAAACCGGGGCUCGGAGGCCGAGGGUCCCCGCUGCCACCUCCACCCGGCCGAACCCCUCCCCGGCUCCAUCGUCCCCAGGCAGACCCUCGUCUUGCAAUAAAGCUCGAAA